GCGUGGCUAUGCUCGGCGCAAGAAGUAGGCGUGGCUCAUUGCAGCAGCUGCGAGUUUGCAACUGGAGCUAUGGGUCUCAAUUGGAGAAGGAUUCUGUCAUCUCUGAAGCGAUCUGUCUACAACAAAGAGACAAAGGAAGUACUAGGAAGGACUGGAGUAGGAUGGAGUCAACUUGGUGCAUUUUAUUUUGCAUUUUAUCUUGCCAUUGGGAUUUUCUUUGCUGCACAUUUGGCAAUAUUCCUUGGGAUGACUCCCCAUCCAGCUCCUGGGGUUCUACCAUGGAACUUUGGUAGAUACGCCUAUCCAAAUUAUCCAAAUUCUAAAAUAGGCAUCGUGGAUACUAAUGGCAGCUAUACAACCUAUAGAAGCAAGUUCAGGCACAAACUCUUGGAGCUAGUAGAUCACACCAAUGCAUCUGAUGUUUACUGCACGACUGAUAACAAUUAUGGCUUUACAGGGACUAGAGCUUGUAUCCUCCUUUAUAUUGCAAAAGUGUUCGAAUGGACUCCGAAUACACUUGAACCUUUUAUCCCUGGUAUUAGAUUUGGCUCACAUCUUCCAAUCUCCUGCUCUAUCGAAGAAGCCCACUCCUCACUGGGAAUUCAACUAGCUCUGACUGCCCCCGGGAUACCUCUUACUAUCCCAAACAAUGAAUUCACUGGGAGUUUCCCUUACGCUAAUCAAGAUAACUUCUCGAUUCCAUUAGUUGGUGUGGGCAUAAGUGUAUCAAAUGUCACUCUAGCAUCAAAUUACGCCAAGUUUGAUGUACGGGUGACCUGUGGUGUCAAUCGUACUGCAUUAAACAUAGCGCACUGGGAUGAGUCAAGAAUUAAUAAAGUUUUUGAACUACCGAGCAAUACAACAUUUCUCAUUCACUUUGUCCGUGCACAGCUCUAGUUACUGUAUGCAUAAUAAUGAAAGUACUAGUAUUAUUAUUUAGAAUGAUUAUUGUAAUUAUUAUUUUUGUGAGUUUGCUUUUCGCUGUCUCAUCAGAAA